UCGUAACUUCCUCACUGGAAUCUCUCCUCAACUCAGGUUGAGGAAUGCUGGAUUAAUCAUCUAGCAUUAGUUUUACGGAUCCACCGGCUGAGCAUUUCUGCGGUACAAAUUGUUACCUUAUUUAUGGUAAAAGAAAGUAGCCAUUAAUACUCGAAUAUUUUGAGACAAAUGAAACAUAUGGGUUUACAUUAUAUAAUCAGGAAGGUAAAUUCACAAUUAAGAUGUGUCUAGCUCAAAAGCUAGUUUUAUUUUUUUCAAUCUUCACAUUCCAAACUGUGCAUACCAGAUACUUGGACAAACCGACGGUGUGGGACCCCUGCGGUAACGGACAUUUUUCGAUGAUAGCAAACGCUCCAGUUUAUUUAUUCAUUAACACAACCAGCGACAACUUCCAGUUUCAUGGGGAUAUUGAAGGGCUGAAAUGCCUACCAGAAAGCGACACCAUGUCAUCUCCCAACAGCACGGAAUCCUUUGAUACAGUGGGAUCCCUAAAUACAACAACUGACUCCACUGGAAAUUGUACAACCUGCAGUGGAUCCCAAAAUAUCACUGGCUGCACCAUGUUGUGCGUUUGCCCGGUGAAUUCGACAAACACUGACAUAUCUCAAAAUAGUACCAACUGCACCGUAUUAACUGAUGCUGCUGGAAAUAGCACAACCAGUGAUGAAACUACGGACAGCACGAAUACCACCGCGGCCCCUGAUACUCCCGGAAACAGCACAACCAGUGAUGAAACUAUGGACAGCACAAAUACCACCGCGGGCCCUGAUACUCCCGGAAAUAGCACAACCAGUGAUAAACCUACGGACAGCACAAAUACCACCGCGGCUUCUGAUACUCCCGGAAAUAGCACAACCAGUGAUGAAACUACGGACAGUACAAAUACCACCGCGGGCCCUGAUACUCCCGGAAAUAGCACAACCAGUGAUGAAACUAUGGACAGCACAAAUACCACCGCGGCUUCUGAUACUCCCGGAAAUAGCACAGCCAGUGAUGAACCUACGGACAGCACAAAUACCACCGCGGGCCCUGAUACUCCCGGAAAUAGCACAACCAGUGAUAAACCUACGGACUGCACAAAUACCACCGCGGCUUCUGAUACUCCCGGAAAUAGCACAACCAGUGAUGAAACGAUGGACAGCACAAAUACCACCGCGGCCCCUGAUACUCCCGGAAAUAGCACAACCAGUGAUGAACCUACGGACAGCACAAAUACCACCGCGGCCCCUGAUACUCCCGGAAACAGCACAACCAGUGAUGAACCUACGGACAGCACAAAUACCACCGCGGACCCUGAUACUCCCGGAAAUAGCACAACCAGUGAUGAAACUUUGGACAGCACAAAUACCACCGCGGCCCCUGAUAUUUCCGGAAAUAGCACAACCAGUGAUGAACCUACGGACAGCACAAAUACCACCGCGGCUUCUGAUACUCCCGGAAAUAGCACAACCAGUGUUAAACCAACGGACAGCACAAAUACCACCGCGGCUUCUGAUACUCCCGGUAAUAGCACAGCCAGUGAUGAAACUACGGACAGCACAAAUACCACCGCGGCUUCUGAUACUCCCGGCAAUAGCACAACCAGUGAUGAAACUACAGACAGCACAAAUACCACCGCGGCCCCUGAUAUUCCCAGAAAUAGCACAACCAGUGAUGAACCUACGGACAGCACAAAUACCACCGCGGCUUCUGAUACUCCCGGAAAUAGCACAACCAGUGAUGAAACUACGGACAGUACAAAUACCACCGCGGGCCCUGAUACUCCCGGAAAUAGCACAACCAGUGAUGGAUCUCAAUAUAGCACCGUCUGCACUGCAUCUUGUUCUUGUCCAGUGGAUUGCACAGACAGUGACGGUUCUCAAAAUAGCACAAAUUGUACUGCAUCGUGUACUUGCCCAGUAAAGUAUGCAAAUGAUAGUGAUUCUCAGAACAGCACUGAUUGCAACUUAGUCUGUACAUGCGUAGAAUAUUCUACAAACAGUAGUGGAUCAUCAAAUAAUACCAAGUGCAGCAUGUCAUCUGAUUCCUCUGGGAAAUGUACAGCAAAUGACAGAGCUGAAAACAGCACCAAUCGCCCUUUAUCAUGUACUUGCGUGGUAAAAUGCACAGCCAGUAAUGGAUCUACAAACACCACAAAUAUCACAGCGGCCUCUGAUUCUCUGGGAAAUGAUACAGCCAGUGAUGGAUCUACAAGCACCACAAAUAGUACUGCAGCCUCAGAUUCUCCGGGAAAAAGUACAGCCAGUGAUGGAUCUAUAAAUAGCACCAAUCCCACCGUGCCGUCUGAUUCCUCUGGAAAUGACACAACCAGUGAUGGAUCUAUAAACAGCACCAAUCCCACUGUGCCGUCUGAUUCCUCUAGAAGUGGGACAGUCAGUGAUGGAUCUACAUUUACCACCAAUCCCAUCGUAACGUCUGAUUCCUCUGGAAAUGACACAGUCAGUGGUGGAUCUACAAAUACCACCGUAGUCUCUGAUUCCUGUGGAAAUAGCACAGCCAGUGUUGGAUCCCAAAAUAGCACCGAUUGUAUUUCAUCGAGUAUUUGCCCGGUAAAUUGCACGAUCACUGGCGGAUCUCAAAAUAGUUCAAAUAGCUCUACACCUUGUAGUAUUAUUCUUGGGAACGGAACAUUUUGCAACUUAGCCACUGACAGCAAAGGUACAUUCAACUGUACAGACGGAACGCAAACAAAUAUACUGCCUCUAAUUUUUGUCGGUUACUAUCCCGGAUGCAAUAAUUCUACAGGAUCGAGUCAAAUGCCUUUAUUUUCAACACCUUCCUUUGCAAAUUGUAGUAUUUGCUCCUUGACGUCGCUGCCGUGCUGUAAAAAUUCCAAUACCUAAUGGUUAAUUUGUAAGAACGCCGGUUAAUUACAUCAAAUUCUCGACCUAUGACAAAUUAAAAAUUGGAGCGAUUUGAUCGAUAGUUCAGUUCUUGCAGACUUUGUCUCGUAGUUCUCGGACGUCUGUUAAUAUCUGGACCACGCCUGGGAAAAGCAUGCUUCAAUUAUUCGUCUAGGUUGGUUGCAAAAUGUUUUAGCAUGGUAUUGAAAUUGAUAGGUUACAUUUAUAUUUAUCUUUACAGUUACAUUUAUCCAAGUUGUUACAAUUUUUACUCGAGACUCCGUACACUGAAAAAAAAUCUUAAUUUUGCCUCUGAGAUAGGUAUAUUUCUCCUUGAAUCAAGGAUGAUGCUGCGUAGUCUAAGAUAUUUUAUUGCUCAACUCAUCAUAUGUUUUGCUCAUAAAGAAAUUCAGCUUGAAUCAGGAAGAAAAACUCUUUUGUGGCAAAUUCAAGAAUCAACAUACUUGAGUCGAGCUUUUUUUUUAGUGAGUGUCUCAUGAGUUCUGUGCUUCAAGUCGAAAUUAUAGGCAUUACGGAUUAAACUCGCAAUUACCGUUAGUCAUAGAAUUUGUAACUGUGCGUUUCUGAAAACACCAACUUCAAUCUCUAACAAACCUCGUAGAAUUUUCGGAGCAUAAGAAUUUUAUUAUUAUAACUUGAUGAUGUUAUGUUUAA